AAUUGAAAGCAUUGAAAUUGUUUGUUGGAUACGUUGGAGAGUCCAUCGCUGGCUGGAUAUGCGUUGGAACUAAGCAAAUCAUUUUAUUUUUUCCACCUCAAAAUGUAUGUGUUUUGUCUUCCAUCAUGAUUGAUAGUGGAACAGAUAAACGAACAAAGUGCUGUUUGCUUGCUCGAUAGCGGAAAGAGCACCGCCUCAUCAGGUUGCUGCUAUAAACACAGGCACACCUCGCACCGAAGCACCUUGACCCUCCCACAUCAGGUGUCAGUUUGGCACUUGACGCAGAGCCGUCCAGCGGUGCUCUUUAUCUGCGUUUGCGGAAGUGCCAUUAAUCAUCACCCGCACCUAGGAGGGGGAGUUUGCACAUAUUCGCAGCGCAAACGACGACAGGGUGUGUGUGUUCGACUGUGAGUGAAUUAGCAACAGUCUCCCCACACAGAAACAACACACACACGCGACAGAAUUGCAAUUCGCAAAACGCAGCAGUUUUUGGGGUGCGGCAGUGCAAAAACUGGUGCAAAAAGCAAAAACACGACCCAUUUGGCAGUCGCAGCUUGGCAACGCCGCCACGCAAGCAGGAAGUGAGAGCAUGGAAGACCUGAAGGAACAGUUCCCCGCGUACAACUCGGUGCUGCGCCAGUCGAACGGCCAACAGCGGCCCUACCACAGUACCGGCCUGCCCGACUGCCCGCCGAACGGUGCCGGAAUCCCGGGCAUGGUGAUGAUUGGGCGCAAGAGCGGGCCAGCCGUGCCGCCGAAGCCGCGCAAAAAUGGCCAGCAACAGGUCGUGCCGCCCCAGGUGCCGAAAAGCUCGAACGUGAAGCAGUACUGCGAACCUUCCUUCUCGACCGUGCUGGAAGGUCAGGCCAGCAACCUUGACGAGCACGCGUACACCAACGUGUCCAACAACGGUGGUGGUGGUAACGCUACGCGGGGCGGCGGUGGAAAGCUGGCAGCGCGCAAGGUCACCCUUGACGAUGCCCUCGAGCUGCAGCACGUCAAGGAGGCGCUGGAACAUCAUAAACGCACGCUGGAUGCGAACCGCUCUAAGUCGCUGCAGGGCCAGGGCGGUGGUGAGCAUGGCAGCACGGUGUACGAAAACACACAGCCGACGCCGUACGGGGACGGGUAUGCGUCGGACGCGACGUACUCCAACCUGCCCGGUGGUGGUGGUGCUGCUCCGACCCAUGCCAAAAACAACGAAGGACUGAUCUACAGCAACAUCAUGCACAACCCAACGAACCCGGGGGCGAAACCGUUCCCCCAGCGACAGAUUUCGGAGGAGCUGCCACCGCCACCACCGCAGGACAUGCAGCCGCUGCAGCUGACCCUGAACGCGCUAACGCUGGAGGACAACGAUGACGAGUUUCCGCCACCGCCCAGCCCGGUCAGCUCGUCGUACAGUGAGCUGCGGCGGGCGACGGACCUGCCGCAUAUGGGCCGGCAGUCGCAGCCGACGUACACGAUGGUUGGACCGGGUGCGGGAGGCGUCGGUGCGCCCGGUGGCCAAACGUACAGCAAUAUGGCGCCCGGGAGUCAGCUCUACGCCAACAACAUGCACCACCAGUCACUGUACGGUACGUACGGCAUGAGCUCGCAAGGGUCGACCACAUACGAGUCGAUCUACGAACCGAUCAACCCCCGUCCACCGAGCCAGAUGUCGGGCCGGUCCAACUACUCCCUGUACGCACCGUACGUCAACUCGCACGGCAUCAACAGCCCGAACGAUAGCAUCAUUACGAGCGCCUCGCAGCAGCAGCAGCAGCAGCAGCACCGCCACGGCCACAGCCAGGGAAGCAUGUCGAAGGGCGCCGAGGUGGACACGCUGACCGAUCUGCUGGUGCAGUCGAUCCAGGACCAGGAAUCGUUCGGCACGUGCGUCAAGUGCGGGGAGCGCGUGGUGGGCGAAAAGACGGGCUGCACGGCGAUGGACAAGAUCUACCACAUCGCCUGCUUCACCUGCCACCAGUGUCAGAUCAAUCUGCAGGGCAAACCGUUCUACGGGCUCGAUGGGAAGCCGUACUGCAAGGAGGACUAUCUGAACACGCUCGAGAAGUGUUCCGUCUGCCUGAAGCCGAUCCUGGAGCGUAUACUGCGCGCCACCGGCAAACCGUACCAUCCGCAGUGCUUCACCUGCAUCGUGUGCGGCAAAUCGCUCGACGGCAUCCCGUUCACGGUCGACGCCACCAACCAGAUACACUGCAUAGAUGAUUUCCACAAAAAGUUUGCGCCGCGCUGUUGCGUCUGCAAGAUGCCGAUCAUGCCCGGGCCGGGCGAGGACGAGACGGUGCGCGUGGUGGCGCUUGAUCGUAGCUUCCACAUCAACUGCUACAAGUGCGAGGACUGUGGGCUGGUGCUGUCUUCGGAGGCGGAGGGGCGCGGCUGCUACCCGCUGGACGAUCACAUACUGUGCAAGAGCUGCAAUGCCAAACGGGUGCAGACCCUGACCAGCCAUAUGACGACGGAGCUGUAGAGAGCGGAGCGGCAGCAGCAGCAGCAGCAGCACCAGCCGGAAGCGGCAAGGAACCGAGCACAGAUUUCACCAUCCAUCUCUCUCACCAAUCUCAGUCACUAGUUUUGUGUGCGGCUUCGCGCAAUAACCGAAGAAUCGAAAUGGGCGCAUCGCGUAUCGCUUUUUAACUUUUAACUCGUACUUAAGCAGGGCUGAGUAGUGUUAUAGGGAGUUAAGGAAUGCGAGCCAAGACCGGGGCAACAAAGGGGCAACAGAAAACGGAAGGAAAGCAUGAAAGCAUACAAUUUUUCUCAGCGGGAAGAGAAACAAUAUUAGUCAAAUUUUAAGCGCUUUGAACGCAACGAACGUUUUUUCGAAUAGCACAAAACGAAGUAACAUACACACUCUCACUCACAUUCCAUUGACCGGGUUGCCGGAUGUAUUCCACUGUUUUUUCAUCUCGUAUUUAUAGCAUUUCGACGGGGGGGGGGGGGG